CUGACACACUUAACAAUAGCGUGCGAGAAUCUAACAAGCUAGCUAUGGAAAAGUUACUAGCACUUAUUCUUCUGAGUCUCUUUGGAGCAGUAACAAGUGAGUUCAUACUGACAGUCAACUUGGUAAACUACACCAACCCAAGCGGACUGUGUGCUGAAUGUCAGAGACCGCUGAAUACAAGCUAUCCUACAAACACAAUACCAGUGUGCUGUGAUGAACUACCUUUCAAAUCUGGCAACUGUGACAACACAGGAGAGGAGAGAUGUGACACCAGGUUCCGUUGGACCAUCAGACCAUUCGGUGCAUCACUGGAGGCAAGACCCCCCAGUAUACCCAAUGCUGCCAACCCUCCCUACUUCUUCACAGACUGUACAAUGUCCCCCAGCACUUGCCCAUUCAGUGAAAUGAGCACAACAUUCGGUCAAGGUCCAACAGCACUACUGGGAGUAACAGACAAUCCUUUACGUGUUUCAAAAACAGAUUCUAUUGUGUGGACAGGGCAAAUUCAGUUCUUCAUAGAAGCAUUGGAUAGUGGACUCCCGAACAUAAUAGACAGUCUGUUGAUUGACCUGGACAACCUCCAACUUGGAGCAGACUUCACAGAGGAGAUGACGUUCACUGGAUUCCACAACAUAUCUCACAUGACCAUGAGUUUUAGAGUCGAGUGCUCUCCUGGUUUCUGUGGACCUCACUGUACCACCACACCUCAGAACAAUCCACGAGUGGCCGAAUGUCGAGCUAAUGGCACUCUAACAUGUACUGAUAAUCGAUUAGACCCUUCACCUCUUGUAGCCUGCAACGACUGCCUCUACAACCUGGACACAACCACUAAUUGCACAGCCUGUGACACAAGCUACAUGUAUGACCCAAACACAAACUGUGCUUCAUGCUUGGACUCUACUUUCAAUCCUCUCAAUGGCUGUACAUCAUGUUUGUUGGAAUUUUAUGAUAAACUAACAAACUGCACCCAGUGCCUACCCAACAGAGAUCCCUCUACCAACUGCACCCAGUGCCUACCCAACAGAGAUCCCUCUACCAACUGCACUCAGUGCCUACCAAGCUGGGACAUCACCUCAGACUGUACUAGUUGCCUACCCAACAGAGAUCCAGUCACCAACUGCUCCCUCUGCCUACAACCAGACAGGUUCACUGAUACAGACUGCAGUGUGUGUGUUCUAUCAGGAGGGGACCCAGCAACACUCUGUCAAACAUGCCUUUCUUCUGGGAGAGACCCGAACAACAAUUGUACCUGUAAAGACAACUAUGAUGAAAGUACAGAUUGCUCCACUUGUGUGCCUGGUUGGGACAGUAACUAUGACUGCAGUGUGUGUCUCACUGGGAGGAACAUGUCCACAGACUGCACCACCUGUAUCCCUGGUUACUCGGGAGAAGAGUGCCUACUAGAUCUGUCAGUGCCAUCUGAGAUAAGUGCCACCUCUGGAGGUGUGAUUGGUGUGCUACUGCUCGUGAUACUCACACUAGUAAUGAUCAUUGCUAUACUGGGGGUAUAUAUCAAAACAAGAGGAAAAGAGAACUCAUUGGACAUAGAAACAGCCAUUGAGGUGGUAGAGAAUACAGGGUAUGGAGUGGGCACUCCUGGCAGGACUACAACUGGUGGUAUUGAGCUGGACCUAGGGUAUAGUGAUGUAGCAGCAGACUCCGGCAAACAGACUGAGCAAAACGAAGACAAAAUUGAUGAACAAUCUUCUGUCUAUUCCUACAUAUCUUAAAAACGACUGCAUAGUAACUAUAUAAGUUGUUUUAUAUUGCUCUUUGAGGACACACCGUGUGCAGUAACUGAAAUACCAACUAUGCACUUUAAUUAC